AAUUCACCUACUUUCCUUGGCCCAUUUGCUAUAUAAGUAACCUCUCGUUUUACCUUAAGCCAAAGCAAGAAGUAAAUUAAUAAAGUCUUGAAGCAAUGGCCAUCUUCAAAAUUCUAUUGUUUGUUAUUCUUCCUCUAGCUUUUGUUCUACAUCUGGCUCAAUCCAAUCCCAUGUUCAUCAAAAACAUGGUACAAAGUCCUCCUCCACAAAAAAUAGAUUGUGACGGAGCUUGCGCUGCGAGGUGUCAACUGUCAUCAAGGCCGAAUCUUUGCAAUAGGGCAUGUGGCACGUGUUGUGCCCGAUGCGGCUGUGUUCCGCCGGGAACUUCAGGCAACUAUGAUGUUUGUCCCUGCUAUGCCAACAUGACAACCCACGGUGGCAGACAUAAGUGUCCCUAGAGCAACCUUUUGCUUAUUUGCAUUGAACAUAAGGAAUAUAGAGUCGGACAUUGAUUGUCAAUUGCUAAAGUUGUAGUAGUAUUUCUCAUUUGAUUAAUAAAUCAAUGUGUACUAUGUUUUAUGUUUGUAUCUUGAUAAUAAGACAUUUAUUGCAUUUGUCUCA